AUGUCAAGCACCUCCAAAGUGGUUCUGGUCACAGGCUGUUCGAAGGGCGGGAUUGGGUUCCAACUGUGUGAGGAAUUCGCGUCUAGGGGUUGCAAGGUCUAUGCUACUGCCCGCCGGCCGGACGCUAUGGAGGGCUUCACUGCAGGAAUCGAACGGUUGCGCUUGGACGUCACGGAUGAUGCGAGUGUGGAGGCUGCGGUCAAAAUAAUUAUUGAGCGGGAAGGCAGAAUAGACAUCGCCGUGAACAAUGCUGGAAUCCUAUGUCACUACCCGUUGCUUGACGUUCCGAUGGCAGACGUGAAGAGCACGUUUGACACCAACACCUACUCUGUCUUGCGUAUCUCACAGGCCGUUGUCCCUCACAUGGCAGCACGGAGGAGCGGUACGGUUGUCAACAUCGGUUCUAUCGUCGGCGAGAUCACCACGCCUUGGGGUGGGGUCUACGCGGCAUCCAAGGCGGCCGAGCAAGCGAUUUCCGAUACGCUCUGGAUGGAGUGCCGUCCGUUCAACGUCUCAAUCAUGCACGUCUCAUCUGGAGGCGUCAUAUCGAAUAUCGCACAGAACAUGAUCUCGCGGUUCAGCCUUCCGUCGGAUAGCUUGUACAUGCCCUGGCUGAACGCCAUUGUGGAGCGGAUCAACAGGAACCAGAGAUCGGAAUCGCUCCCCACGGACGUCUUUGCGAGGAGGGUCGUCGAUGCUGCAGUUGGAAAGCACCCGCCACGAUACAUGACGCUUGGAUAUCCAUCUGGCUUAUGGUGGCUGUUCUCGUGGCUCCCUCGAGGGUGGGUGCUGCGACUAUUAUGGCAUGUCCUUGCCGAGAAACCCAAGGCCAAGUGCGGCUGA